AUGUGCUCACAUUCAGCCAUGGCCUCCGGUGUGAGCGGCCUCGACAACCUGGACCUGCUGGACCUUCUCUUCGACCGCCAGGACGGGAUACUCCGUGGCGUAGAGCUGGGGACAUCCUCGGGCACCUGGCAUGAGGAUGGGCAUGCCCAGGACGGCGAGGACUUCCUCAGCUCCAUCCUGGGCUCCAGGGACUCGGUGCUGGACUCACCUGGCUGGUCCCCAGCCACCAGCGACAGCGGGGUCUCUGACGACCCCCACUCCGACCAGCUCGACAGCCCCCCCAGGUGCUGUGAUGGGGGUCCUGGCGAGGCCCUGUACCCCUACGCCGACACCUGCCGGGCUCUGCCCCUCCCAGGGGGCACUGGGGUCCCACACCCUGAGGUCUCCAUCAACCUGGACAUGUGGCACCCCAGCUUCUUCUUGGAGGAGAGCCAGGACCUGCCCGUGCCCUCCACCCGGGACCUGCCCGGGGCCCCUCCACCCACAUCCUGCACCCUCACUGUCAAGGACUUGCUGCUCUCAGGCAGUUCUGAUGCCGUGAGUCCCUGUCCCUAUGUCCCCAUACCUCCUUGUCCCCAGUCUUUUCGGGAGCUGGGGCUUACGGAGGAUGAGAAGAAGCUGCUGGCGAAGGAGGGGGUGUCCCUGCCCACCCAGCUGCCCCUCACCAAGUACGAGGAGCGGGUGCUGAAGAAAAUCCGGCGGAAGAUCAGGAACAAGCAGUCAGCUCAGGAGAGCCGCAAGAAGAAGAAAGAGUACAUUGACGGGCUGGAGAGCCGGAUGUCGGCAUGCACGGCCCAGAACCAGGAGCUGCAGAGGAAAGUCCUACACUUGGAGAAGCAGAACUCAUCCCUUCUGGAGCAGCUGAAGAAGCUCCAGGCCCUCCUGGUGCAGUCAAGCAACAAAGCAGCACAGACAGGAACCUGCAUAGCGGUCCUGCUGCUCUCCUUCGCACUCAUCGUCUUCCCCUCCGUCAGUCCCUUUGCUCCCAGCAAGGCCGAAGCAGGCGGUGACUUUGGACCCGUGCGAGUUUUCUCCAGGUCCCUGCACAACGCAGCUGCCUCCCGUGUGGUUUACACACAGCCCCAAGCCAGGGAUGAGAAGCACCCAGAGCCGCUGUGGCCGGAACACCUGGGCAAAGCUCCUGAGACCCUGCAUGAAGCCUUCGGUGGUCGCACGUUCACCCCACGCCCAGACAAAGUCUCCCCCCAUAACGACACGCAGCCGCUCGCCUCAGAGGAGCUGAGCCGUGGGGAUGGGGAUGGAGCUGACACCGUGUCAAAGGACAGCACCACCCCACACCACAGCCUAGCUUGGACCCAGACCAGCCAUGGCAGGCCCAUGGCACUGGAGCCGGCUGAGGAGCUGUGA